AUGCCUCGCCAUCACAUCCGACGACAACACCCCGCCCCAGUCGCAGACCCCAACACCUCGGAUUCUCCUCCACCACAGACACAUGGAUCCAGACAGGAACAUGCCCCUAGACAGCCCCAGUUUCAUACUCCUCCCACCCGCGGCAUUCCGCAACUCCAUCCCUCGUCCGGCCCGAUCGACUCCAUCGGCCAGCGCGCCAUCCAUCCCACCGCCGCAACGCAGGCCGCUCUAUUCUCCCUGUUCGGUCGCGGCGUUGCAGGACGGCCACGGGGAUCGGUGAUGGACGAGAUGGGCGGCUACGACGAGCCGGCGGAGGAGAACGAUGAGGACGACGACGCGCAGCACGACGAGGGCCAAUUCGACGACCACGAAGACGACCAUUCCGACUUUGGGCCGGAGCUGAAUCCCGGCGAAGGCCACGAUCUCUCGGAAGAUGGGAUGGAAGAUAUGGUCGGGAACGAGCUCGAGGAGAUCGAAGACGAGGACGAUGAAAUGAUGCAUGAUCGAGAACGAUCGCCGUCCCCCCUCCCAAGCAACCUCCGCGAGAUCUCCUCCCUCGCAUCAUGGACCGUCUCAACCCAUAAACCAGGCUGCGGCGUCUCCGCGCUACGCAACCCCUCCCCAACGCAGUACUGGCAGUCUGACGGCCCCCAGCCGCACACGCUAACACUGCACUUCUUCAAGCUUGUCGCUAUCGUGAAGAUCCGCGUGUAUCUGGACUUCGACAUGGACGAGAGUUAUACGCCGACCAAAAUGACGUUCCUUGCGGGAAUGGGCGGCAAUGACCUCGUCGAAUUCGCGACCUGGGAAGGUGAUGCUCCCUGCGGCUGGGUGGAUGUGCCCCUCUUCGGUGUCGGGGGUCGUAACGGGGGCUGGGUGCGCGAGGUCCGCCACAAGAAGCGCCGCAAGCGUCGCGGUGGCGUGUUUGGACGGAAAUCGUCGAGUCGCCCCAAUGAAGAAGAUGAUCUUGACGAGGAUGAUGAGUACGGGUAUGACGACGAAGACGAUGACGAGGAAGAUGACCAUGACCCCUACGCUGGUAACGUGCUGAAGGCGAUGGUCCUCCAGAUGCGCGUGAUUGAGAACCACCAGAAUGGGAAGGACACCCAUGUGCGCGGGUUCCAAGUGUUUGCGCGCGACGACGACCGGCGGCGCAUGGGGAAUGCCCCGUCGGCCUCGGCGGAUGGCCGCGUUCGCAGACACAGUGCGCGCAAGUCUCUGCGCGGUAGUAUUCAUGAUGAUGCGACAGAAGCCCGUGAGGGCCAUGGUGAUCUUGACCGCGGGAAGAUGACGGGAUUAGAAGAGCCGGAUUGGAUGGGAGAGCCCGUGAUUCGGUAG